AUGCCCUCCCCACCCCCAGUCCCAGCACCCAAGCCCAAGCCCAAGGCGCGCACACAGGCCCUCGUCCUGCUCCCACACACGCCCCAGCCGCCGCUCGCGGUCCUCUUCAGCUCCGCCCAGCCCUAUCCCAUCUCAGCCGGCGGGCCCCGCGUCGCCGUCAGCCGCACGCCGCAACCUUCCCCCGAGGCAGACAACAAGGUCAAGCUGCUCGCCGAGAAGCGCGCGCUCGAGCGCGCGCUCGCGCUCUACCUCCAGCAGCAUGGCGCGCGCCGGUUCCCAGGCGGCGUGCCCCAUCUUUCCCCGCUCGUGCUCGUCCACCCCGCCCUCCUGCCCCAGAACGCGGAGUACGUGCCCUUCCUCCGCCGGAUCACGCGCUUCGGCGACGACGGAAGCGACGUGCCCGUGUCCCUCCUCAUGCGCGUGCAGGGCCCGCAUCUGCCGGCUGUCGAUAUGGCCAAUGACGAGGUGAGGGCGUUCGUCGCGCAGUUCGAGCACGCUGUUCGGCCGAUAUGGUACCGCCCACCGGCCGGAGUGAGCUGCGACAACUGCACCUCGCACACCAGCCCCACUGGCCAGCUGGACCGAGCGCACAGCUGCGCCUUCUCGUCGGUGUACGAGCCGCUGCGGCACCCCGACUCGGAUGCGCCAGGGAUCCCGCUCACAUGCGACCUGUGCCACCUCGACGGGGUGGACUGCCGCUUCUCGCUCCACCACGGGGGCGGGUAUCACGCGGGGGUCAAGCUCUACGCUGUCGUGUUUGAGCGCCGUCGCGUCGCGUCCCAGAUGGACGUCGGCGAGAUGGUAUGGUGGGAGGGCAAGGGGCCCGGCGGGGGCGGUGGGGGCAAGCCCACCGAGGAGAAGGGCAAGGGGAAGCGCAAGGCCGAGGCUGUCGUGCAGGUCAAGACCGAGUACGGCAGGCCCCGCAAGGCGGCGUCAGUCGUCACUAUCUCAGACGACGAGGACGCGUUCGGCAUGACCCCUUACUCCGAGCCCUCCACGAGCGCAUCAACGGCCCUCAACACCCCGUCGUCAACCGCCCUCAACACUCCAACACCAACAUACACCCCCGCACCCGCACCAGGACCGCUGAGCCCCUCCUCAGCUGCGAAGCUAGGCAACGCGAUCGACGAGGCGAUGAGGAAGACGGAGGCGGUGGAGGCCGAGUACGCCGACAAGAUCGCCCGCGCCGCAUACCUGCUGCAGCAGGCGCACGACACGGACGCCGAGCUGCGCAAGGCGGCCAACGAGUGGCGCGAGCGCGAACUCGCCAAGAUUGAGGGCGAGAAGGACCGCCGUGUGGCCCUCGCGCGCGGUACCGGGGUGAGCGACACCCUCACAAUGAAGACCCUCACCGUGCGACACCCCGCCCACACGCCCCACGCAGACACCCUCUACCCGCACCCAACGCAGCGCUAUCCCCUCAGCGCAGGCCUGCCGCGCAUCGCGGCGCCAUGGUUCCGCCUCCGCCCAGUCGAGGAAGACAACCACGAAUUACACGCCGACGAGUGGGCGCUGCGCGACGACCCCCUGUCGCCCCUUCGGCGCGGGGAGGCAGCCCUCGCGCCGCGCGUGCUCACGCACCCCGUACUCCACGACGAAGUAGUGCGCCACAUGCCCUUCUUCUGCCCGGAGCCGCUGGCCCACAUCGGAGCCAGGCAGCGGCACAUCGACCCACAACUCGCGCUCAAGCUCGGCCCGCACGCGCCUUCCCUCGACACGUCGAACCCCGAGGCCGCGGCGUACCUCGCGGAAAACGCGCACAAGAUCCGCCCCCUGUGGUAUACCGGCGCACUCACGUGCGACAACUGCUUCCUGGGCAGCGGCGAGGACGACGACGAGGCGUGCAGCUGUACCUUCUCGGCCAUCUACGCGCCCAUCCGUGACCCCGACACCGCCGAACCCAAGACCCCGCUCGAGUGCGAUAGGUGCCAUGCGACCGGCGCAAGCUGCACCUUCACCUUCUCCGCCGCGCAGGGAUUCGCCGAGGGCGUCAAGCUCUACGCGCUCAUGUUCGAGAGUCCCGGCAAGAUGGAGACCGAGGACAAAGUGUGGUGGGAGGGCAAGAGCAAGGGCAAGCGGCUGCUCGCGCGCUCCGACCCUAUCCCAAAGCGCGUCAAGGUGCUCGACGCCGCGCCCGCCGCGCUGCCCAAGCUCCUCUCGCUGUCCAACUUUGCCCCGACCCCGCUGCUCACCAACGCCAUGAUGGACCCCGUCGCACGCUCGCUGCAGCUCAACCGGCUCAAGCUCGAGCGCGACAUUGCGUCCCGCCGCACCGCUGCGCGCCGGGAGAAGGCCGCCGUCGAGGCCAGCUACGACGAGGUCGUUGCCCGCGCGCGGCGUGACCUCGAAGCCGCGCAGGCCACCUACGACGCGUGCUGUGCCGAGGCUGCGCGCCUGCGCGACGAGAAGAUUGCGCGCGUGGAGGACGAGGCGGGGCUCAGGGCCGAGGUCGAGGCUUUUAAUGACAAGGUGCGCGCGUUCGCCGUGCCGUUUGAGUGUGUCGCUGAGUAG